AUGGUCUCACCUGAAUCAUCAUCAUCGUCAUCAACAUUAUUUAAAGGAUUAGUAUUUUGUAUAUUAGGCAAAACAUCAGUUGCAAGUUAUUUAAUUGCAGAUGAUAUCAAGAAACAUGGAGGAUCUCAAUCCUACACUAUUGGACUCUCCAACUAUGUAUUAACAAGUCGUGUAGACUCUUUACAAUCAUCGAAAUUAAAACAAAUUGUCGACGAUAACAUUGUCAUCCUAUCAGACACUUUUAUCAAUGAUUGUAUCAAAUCAAAACAAUUAAAGGAUUUUAAACUGUAUCAAUUAGAAUCAAAAUCUUUUAUUACUCAAGCAGCAUCAUCAUCAACCUCUUUAUCAAAAUCAACUGAUAAUAGUACUACCAGCUCUAACAGUGCUGCCACUACUACUACUACUACACCAACGAUUGAAAUUGAUCCAACCACUACACAUAUUUCUGGUAUUUCAAUUUAUGGAGAUACUGAUAAACACCAACCAAAGUUUUCAUCUUAUUAUGAAAUUCUGUCAAGUCAUUUAUUACAAUGUUCAUCGUUUGUAAAAAAUAAUAAUGUUAAUAAAUUCUUUUAUUUGGAAUUACAAAAAUGUAAUUUGGAUGAUGGAAAUAUCAAGUAUAGAAUUUAUACUCAAUUUGGUAGAACAAAUGAAUUAAAAUCAUCAACAAAACAACAUAGAUAUUUUUUUGAUUAUAAAGAAUGUUGCGAUGUUUAUAGUUCAAUUUAUAACAACAAGACUAGUGAAGAAAAUGGAUACAAAAAUGUAUUGGUAUCUCAUUCUUUAAUUGGUUCACCAUUAAAGUUGUCGAAAAACACAAACACCAAAGACAAUGACAAUGCAUCCAAUUCCUUGUCACAGUAUGCCAAUAUUGUUGAUGAGGAUGUUGAACGUGUCAAACAACGUACCUAUGUCUCCAAAGAGGUAUCGGAUCUUGUUUCUUAUGUGUUUGAAAAGUCUACAAGAUCGUUAAUUGGAAAUUUCUCUGUUACCUUUAGUGAUAAAGGUAUAGAGACACCACUAGGUGUAUUGUCAUUGGACCAAGUCACCAAAGGAGAAACCAUUCUCAAACAAAUUUAUUCUCUCAUGUUGGAUCAAGACCAACAAGACGACGAUGAAGAGAAUGAGCUCAUUGGUAAAUUAAGUUCUGAAUUUUAUUCAGUCAUUCCAACAAAGAUUGGACAAACUCAAAAGGAACGUGCUAGAGCUCAAUUCAAAAGUUUGGCAGAUGUUGAUAAUAUGAUGGAGAAUGUACAGUUGAUGAAGGAUCUUGCUACUACCAGUGAAAGAAACAAGUCAAACUUGGUCACUGGUACAUUGGUCGAUAUGAAGUACGAAUCACUCGGUACAACAAUCCAUCAUUGUCACCCUUCAUCUUCAGACUAUGGUAUUGUAAAUCGACUUUUACAAAAGGACUUGGAUCCAUCCUCCUCCUCCUCCACGUCCUCCAUCACUUUGGUCAAUGUCUAUCGUCUAGCCAAAGAAGAAGAGGAAAUCAAUUUUAGAGAGGAUAUUGGCAAUGUUAAACUUUUGUAUCAUGGAACAAAAAGUGAAAAUAUUGUUGGUAUCUUGGUAAGAGGUCUAUUAAUGCCUCAAAUUGUAUUGAGCAAGGGUGGAAAAAGAUCAGACUUUGGUCAUCUCGGAGCAGGUAUUUAUUUUGGUGACAAUAUCUCUACCAGUUUAAAGUUUACCAAAGGCAGAAAAAAGGUUGACAGAACCAUCGUCCAACAAAGAGCCUUUUUAUUUGUUGCCAUGGUAGCACUCGGUGAUAUCAGUGAACAAUUUGCAGUACAACCACUCAUCAUGAACCCUCCAACAGGUCAUCACAGUAUUCAAGGUGUUAAAUCUACUCCCUCCCAACCAUCUUACUUUACACAAGAUGAAUUUGUCAUUUAUUCUACCGAUCAACAAAAGUUAUUAUAUCUUUUAGAAUUGAAAUAUUAA